GGCUAGACUCGGCACUCUUUAAAACGGAGGUUUUCGAAAUGGCGAAUGCAUGGCUCGAGGUUUCUCAAGUGGAAUCAGAAAAUCGAAGAGAACUUGUAUUAAAUGGUCAGGAAAUAUCAAAUCGACUCGAGGAAAGGGGUAUCGAUGAACGAAUUUUUGAAUUAACAUUACUAAACUAUCUUGAAAUUUCAAGCACAAAACUGUCAAUCGUCCCAGAUGGAAUUGGCAAACUUUCAUCAUUGACGAAGUUAGUGUUGUGCAAUAACGCACUAGAAGAGCUCACGCCCGAAGUUGGAAAAUUGACAAGUCUCAAGCUGCUUAAUGUUUCCAACAACAAGCUGAAGUCCGUUCCUGUUGAGAUUCAAAAUCUUAAUGAGCUGGACACGCUGAACUUAAGUAUCAAUCAACUGCAGGAUAUCCCCAACCUUUCUUCCCUUACUAACCUACAUGUUAUCAAUAUAUCAAACAACCAGAUAGAAAGUCUUCCAGAUGGAAUAUUUGACUCCAGCCUGGUCCAUCUGAGUCAGAUCAUUGCAAGUGAUAACAAUAUAUCAUGUGUUGAUUCAACUGUUGAUGCCCUUCCACAUCUAAAUUUGCUUGAUUUAACAAACAAUAAACUCACUGAAGUUCCAUCAACACUUAGCUUAUGUCCCAAGCUCAAAGAAUUAAAACUGAUUGGCAAUAAGUUCACAGAUAGGCGCUUUGGUAAAAUGGUACAAGAGUCUAAAACAAAGUCUGUUAUAGAAUACCUGCAUAAUAUAUGGAAAAAGGAAAGUAAAACAUCUGAUGGAAAUAGCAAAGACAAGAAGAAACGUAAAAAGGGCAAGAAAACAGCAGUUGAGACAGAAGUCGUCAGAAAUCAGUUGUCUGUUCUGCGCAUUACCUCGGAUUCAAAUGUAGUCACAGUUACACCAGCAGUUCUUUCUGUUAGGCAGUACAUCAUAUGCUGUAUAGUGCGUCACCUUGAUUUGAGCAGCAAAUUCAAAAGUUUCAUAACUUUGCAGACUAAACUACAUGACACAAUUUGCGAGAACCGUCAAGCUGGAACAGUGGCUACACAUGACUUGAAUAGUGUUCGGUUUCCCUUGACUUAUGAUGCACAAUUUCCACAGCUACUUCAGAUAGUGCCACUGUUCCAACAGAAAGAGGUCAGUGGAGAAAAAUUGUUUGAAGAUCUGCGAUUGAAAGCUGAAGAAUUGAGAAAAGAAAAGAAGAGAAACACAUAUUCUGGAAUACACAAAUACUUGAAGUUGAUUGAAGGAAAGACUCAGUACCCAUGCGUUGUGGACAGAGAUGGCAAGGUGAUUUCAUUCCCUCCCAUCACCAACAGUGACAAAACCAAGAUCUCGAAGACAACAACUGACAUCCUGGUAGAGGUCACCUCCACUACCAGCCUGGACACCUGCAAGAAGAUCCUGGAGGAGCUGCUGUACCGCAUGCUGGACCUGGGACUGGGCAGGCCUGGGGGAGGGGUCGCCGCCGCCAGCAGUGGGUCUGAUUCUGACUCUGCAGGGGCUGGAGAAGGUACACCAGCUGGGGCUGAUACAGGAGGGCGUGAGUGUCUGGUGGUGGAGCAGGUGAAGAUUAUGGACAGCAAUGGUGACUUGAAAGUGCUGUACCCGUCUAGGACUGACCUCAACUCAGACCUCAUUGAGGUCAUCAGGAACUAUGAAUGAUUGCAGUAGUUGAUGGUGAGGGAAAUAUUUUGAUAGCUUCUUCAGGUUAUUAAUAAAAUAUUUGUAUUUAGAUUCUGUUAUCAAUAGUAUCCUGUCAAACAGUGUAAAAUAUCCUUUUAUUUAUAACUCAAACUUACUAAAAUGAUAAUGAGAAAUCUAAAAAAACAUUUGGACUUCUUGCAAGCAAGUAUUAUAUUCUAUAAUGAGUACAGGUUGUUGUUUUGUUACUGUUAAAAAACAUAUAUUAAUUAAUAUUCAUGAAUAUUAAAUUCCAUAAUUCUAUUUUCUUGUAUGAGAUUUCCUAUUUAUGAUUACAUGCAAUUAAAGUGACAUUAGACGCAUCUAACAGUAUAUGCUAUGUUUAUAGGUGUCUUAUCGCAACUGUUGUUUAUUUGUGACAUUUUCAAUUCAUAUACAUUUAUAUUUGUUAAUGCAGCAUCAACAUACUAAAACAAUUAUAUUCCGGAAAGAGAAAAAUAAUGCAUUUGAAUAUCAACCGUAGUUUCGUUUGACAACUGACGACAAAAAUUAUUUGUUUUCCUGCAUUAAUAUCUAUUCAUACGACACACAAACACUAACUCUGAUCCUAAUAAAAAGACAGUUCCGCUCAGCUUAGAGGACUGGGACAGUCAUGUAAAUAUCGAAUAUAAUAUAUAAUUUUUAUAAACAACUGGUAGGAAGAUCAGUUGCAGAUAAUUGGUCAGUUACCACAUUUAAACCAAACCUUUUGACCUGUAAAUUCUUUUCAGCUCGAUUCAACAGUGGACAAGGGACAAAAUUGUCACAAAACCAGGUUUUCAAUAAAAAAAAGUCUGAUAAAGGGAGACAACUGCAACUCAAAAUGUGCAUUGCUACUGAUUGUUCAUCACAAUUACCCCCCUUGUUUCAAAAUCUAUCUGUUUUUCGACCUCGUGACCUAGUUUCUGACCCGGCAUGACCCAUAUUCGAACUUGACCUAGAUAUUGUCUAGAUACAACUUCUGACCAAGUUUCGUAAAGAUCGGAUGAAAACUAUUUGAAUUAGAGAGCGGACAACAUGCUCUAUGUUUAAAACGCACUAAGUGACCCCGUGACAUAGUUUUUAACCCGACAUGACCCAUAUUCGAACUUGACCUAGAUAUUGUCUAGAUACAACUUCUGACCAAGUUUCGUAAAGAUCGGAUGAAAACUAUUUGAAUUAGAGAGUGGACAAGCUUGUUUUGCCAGCCAGCCCGCCCGCAUUCGCAAAUCUAAUAACCAGUUUUUUCCUUCGAAAAACCUGGUUAAAAAUGCCCAUAAUUUCACUUAAAUUGGAUAUCUUUUUUUUUCAGGUCUAAACCUGGUACAUGCAAUUUCAACAAGAAAUGUGUUUGUCAGGAACACUAUGUCCCAUUCUGCGCCGCUUUGACUUUUUUUUUUUUUUUUUUGACCUUUGACCUUGAAGGAUGACAUUGAGAUUGACCUUCCACCACUCAAAAUGUGCAGCUCCCUGAGAUACACAUGCAUGCCAAAUAUGAAGUUGCUAUCUUCAAUAUUGCAAAAGUUAUGGCAAAUGUUAAAGUUUGACCAAACCAAAAGACCAAUGUACAGACCAACAGACAGGGCAAAAACAAUAUGUCCCCCACUAUAGUGGUGGGGGACAUAAAAAGAAGCUAUUGAACUGUAAAUUAAUACAGGGUCUUUUUUAGCCAAUCACUCUGUUUUGAUCCCAGGUAAACAUGCACAAAUGAACUCGUAUUACUUUCUCAGGUUGCAAAAUAAUGUAACAUGCAUUUAAACAUAUGUUUUGCUUAAUACAUGUAUAGUUGAGCCUCUCUAUGAAAAAUGGUUUAAUGCUUGUGCAUAGCGACCUCAGUAUGAGCCUGUGCAGUCUGAACAGGCUAGGCAGGGACAGCAUUUUCUGCUUUAAUGGUAUUGUUUGAUUAAAGAAGUCUCUUUAGCGAAAAUCCAGUUUAGGCUUAUCUUGGAAAAUACUGUUAAGCACAUGCAUAAAGCCCCAUUUUCCACAAGACAAGGCGCAUUUUUUUGACGUUAAUUAUGAUGCUUAAAAAGGAUUUCAUAUUAAGGGAAAACAUGUUACUCUAAAUGCAACAUGGUCCCCUACUAUUAGUGUAAUAAAUUAAUUAUGACAUUAAAACAACUAUUAAACCAAGUGAAUGUAAAUAAAGAUUUAUGUCAACAUUAUUUUCUCAAUCUCAAACCAUUAUAUGAAUAAGAACGAAGAAUUUUAAACAAAUUAAAUACAUGUAUCUUAUAAUUCAUAAUAACCAAGUUUAUGCCGAUUUACCCAUCUUAACUCGCAUGUUUUGACAAAACACAAAUUGUGUUUUUGUUGGUAUGAACAAAUGUGCAGAGAAAAUUCACAGUGGACAUAAAUUUUUAUUCGACUUUUAUAUAUGAAAUAUAUAUAGUGGAGCUAUCAUACGCACCCCGGCGUCGGCGUUCCCGUUAGCGGGCAAAUGUUAAAGUUUGCGUACUUCCCCAAAUAUUUCCUAUGUCCUUUGACAUAUUGCUUUAAUAUUUUGCAUACUUCUAUACCAACAUGACCCCAAUCUUUAAACAAGAGCAGACAACUGUAUCAAGCAUUUUGACAGAAUUAUUGUUGGAAUAUGCGUAUUGAUAAAUCUAUGUUAAAGUUUGCGUACCACCUCAAAUAUUUUCUAUGUCCUUUGACAUAUUGCUUUCAUAUUUUGCAUACUUCUUUACCAACAUGAUCCCAAUUUAUAAACAAAAGCAGACACCAGUACUGUAUCAAGCAUUUUGACAGAAUUAUGGCCCCUUUUAUACUUAGAUAAUUUAACAUUUUGCUUAAAUUGCCAUAACUUCUUUAUUAAUGAUCACAUUUGAUUCACACUUUGACAAAACAACACUUAUCUGACAUACCACAAUGCACUCCACCCAAACCAUCCCCCUUGCCCCACUCCAGAAUCACCCCCCCCCCCCCCCCAAAAAAGAAAAAAAAAAUUCUUAUUUUUGAAAGAUCAUCUAUUAAAUGACCACCCACCCACAUUAUACCCCCCUCCCCCCUCUCCAUGAUGGCUUACGUUAUACCGUCAUCAAGCACUCAAAUAGUAGAGCGCGCUGUUCUCUGACAGCUCUUGUUUAUUAAUCAACUGGUUUUUUGUUGUGGAGAUAAUAUGAAGAUACUUUAUUACUUAUGCUAUGUUCUUGUACAUUCGUGCCCCUUAACUAUGUAUUUCGCGCAUGCGCAUACAAUGACAAGUAUUUUUAGCAUUGUAUAACUUUUAUAUCCUCAAUAAAAUACUAUUUCAGUAUCAUACUUUGUUAUUAAAAAAUAAUUAUUUUUUGUGUUUAUCUUUGAUUCUGUCCAAGGUUGAAAACUCCUGUAGACAAAUUUAUUUCCAUCCAUAUAUUUUAUUUUGACUAGAAAUUCAUUCCCAUUGUAACUAUGGAGUUUAAUGUUUUGUUUCAACAAGUCUACUUUGCUUAAGAUAUCAAUUAAUCAUUUACUGGCAUACAUGUAAGUAUGCGCAGUUAAUACUGGUUAACCUGCUAUUCAAGAAACAGUUUGAGUUAAAUGAUAGUUGUGAUGUGAUUGAAAUACUAUUGCUUAACCCUUUGCAUGCUGGGAAAUUUGUCGUCUGCUAAAAUGUUGUCUGCAGAAUUUUUAAAAUUAGCAUUUUCUUCGAUUUUUUUCAAAGAAUACUAUCAUAAUAGCAAACAGUUUGGAUCCAGAUGAGACGCAACGUUCUGUGGCGUCUCAUCUGGAUCCAAACUGUUUGCAAAGGCCUUUAAAAUAAGGUUCCCGCACUGAAAGGGUUAAAAUCCAAUUUAAAAAAUUUGGCCAUUCAUGGUGUAUUCCCUUUGAUUGUGAUUAAGGGCUGCUAAUUUCCAUUAUCUCUGACAGCAUGGGUGUUCUCUUUGUUUGUUCAAGUACAGAAGUGUCUAAGAAUUGAUAACUUUCAAGCAUGUCAAACUGAUGUUGUUAUCAUUAUGCAUAUUGAUGUGCUCCCCAAAAUUUUCUCUUGUCUGACAACAUGGUUUAUUUAAAGUGGCAACCCAAUAAAUAAUGAAAUAAC